CUGUGAUUAUUUAUACUCGGGUGGUGAGACUUCUUGGGAAGGGGGCCGACCGGGAAGAUCAUUCCAACUCACUAAAAUCUCCCAAGUUCCAGAAAAAAGUGUGUGUGGCUUAGGAUUGUUAGAGAGAUUAUAGAAGAAGAAGAACGAGAGAGAUGGGGUCUGAGGUUAACAACACUAGCACCAAGAAGCCUCCUUCAACUGCUUCUCUCUCCUUGCUUCUUUCCACCAAAUGCUUCCCUGUCAAACCUUCAUCGCCGCCGCCGGCACCGAAUUCUCCGGAGAACAAGGGCUCCGACGAAAUGAACGGGCAUGGGGCAGCUUCGCCGUGCCUCAGUGCACAGGCAGCCUCCGCCGCCGCCAUCCAAAAGAAGCCUGGUGGAUGGAAAGCCAUGCCUUACAUCUUAGGAAACGAAACAUUCGAGAGGUUGGCAACGUUUGGACUGCUAGCGAACUUCAUGGUGUACCUGGUCAGGGUGUAUCGCAUGGACCAGGUGACGGCCUCCAACGUCAUCAACAUCUGGUUCGGCAUCACCAACUUUGCUCCGUUGGUGGGCGCCUUCAUCUCCGACGCCUAUGCCGGCCGGUUCCGCACCAUCGCCUUCGCAUCCUUCGCCUCUUUUCUGGGCAUGCUGAUGAUGACCCUGUCGGCUUGGCUACCGCAGCUCCACCCUCCGCGGUGCACCGCCCCACCGCAGUCGAUGAGCUCCUCCCACCCGCCGUGCGUCAGCCCCACAGGAGGCCAGAUGGGGGUCCUCGUCCUGGGCCUCGGUCUCUUGUCCAUCGGCACUGGCGGGAUCCGGCCGUGCAGCAUCCCCUUCGGAGUCGACCAGUUCGAUCCUGCCACCGAGGAAGGAGUGAGAGGGAUCAACAGCUUCUACAACUGGUACUACGCGUCGUUCACGGUCGUGUUGCUGAUAACUCAGACGCUGGUCGUCUACAUCCAGGACUCGGUGAGUUGGGUCGUAGGUUUCGGGAUACCCACGAUCCUCAUGCUCUGUUCCAUCGUGCUCUUCUUCUUCGGGACGAGGAUCUACAUGCACGUGAAACCUGAGGGGAGCGUGUUCACCGAGAUCGUCCAGGUGUUCGCGGCAGCUUUCAAGAAGCGGCGGCUGAGGAUCCCGGAUGUCGAUGGUGGCGGGUCAGAGGUGGCGAAGGUGGCAUACUACGACCCACCGGCGCAGGAGGCGGCGUUACUGUCGAAGCUUCCGCUCACAGAUGAGUUCAGGUGCUUAAACAAAGCGGCUAUGAUCGUCGAAAACGACCUGACAGCCGAAGGCACUCCGACGAGCCGCUGGACUUUGUGCAGCGUCCAACGAGUAGAGGAGGUCAAGUGCCUUGUAAGGGUCGUGCCAAUUUGGGCUUCGGGCAUCGUCUCUUUCACGGCCAUGACCCAACAAGGCACGUUCACCAUCACUCAGGCCUUGACGAUGGACCGCCACCUCGGCCCGAGGUUCCAGAUCCCGGCCGGCUCGCUGAUGGUGAUGUCGUUCCUCACAAUCGGGCUGUGGAUCCCCUUCUACGACCGCCUCCUCGUGCCUGCCCUUAGGAAGGUCACCGGGCACGAGGGCGGGAUCACACUCCUCCAGAGGAUCGGGAUCGGGAUCGUCUUCUCGGUCCUGUCAAUGGCGGUCGCGGGCCUGAUUGAACAGGACCGGAGGGCCUAUGCUAAAUCGCACCCCCUCGCGCCGAUCUCGGUCUUCUGGCUGGCGCCGCAACUUGUCCUCAUGGGCUUUUGCGAGGCCUUCAACAUAAUUGGGCAGAUUGAGUUCUUCAAUCGGCAAUUCCCGGACAACAUGAGGAGCAUUGCGAAUUCCUUGUUCUUCUGCUCCUUUGCCGGCUCCAGCUACCUCAGUAGCCUGGUGGUCACGGUGGUGCACCGCGUGACCGGGAAAGAUGGUCAGCCCAAUUGGCUUGCGAACGAUCUCAACGUCGGGAGAUUGGACUGUUACUACUUUCUUCUGGCAGGAAUGGGGAUCGUGAAUUUUGUGUACUACUUGGUCGUCGCUCAUCGAUAUCGGUACAAGAGCACUCUACAGCAUAAUAAAGAUGUUGAGCUAAGUAGCGCGACGAAUGUAUAGAAGGAGAUAGAUUAUGUAGAUUUAGUAUAUAGAGAAGCGGAAUAAAUAAAAAUGUAACAGAGCUAUUAUAAGCUUAAUUUGCCUUAUUAGACCUACUUUAAUAUGGUCAUGAAACAGUUUGUAUUACAUUACACGUA